AAAUGGAUCUCCGCUCGGACGCUCCGUUGCGCGACGCACCGGGAACCUAACUCGGGUUAUGGAAAUAUGCCCGUACCGCCUACUUAAUAUGUGCAUAUGCAUGUAUUCAGCAUCCCAUCCAUGUCCAUUGUAAAUAUGAGCGGGACCGGCCGGUGCGGGAUGCACUGUGGUUACCGCAACUACCACCCCCUUCUGCCAAUCACCCGCGGCGCACAGUGAUGUAUCUAACCAUAUUAGGAGGUGCUUCCGAGAAGCGCUUAUCUACCAAUCUUGCAUACGGGAUAAUGGCAUACGUACCUCCUAUAGUAAUACGGACGGGAGGUGAGGAGGUAAUUAGGUACCUACUAAGGCGUGUUUAGAAAUCUUGUCAGUUGAAGAGAAGCCGUAGGAAGCAUUCGUCCUGUCGAGCAACAGGUCAACAUUUGACGAGACUUGCGAAAUCCUAUCAAUCCGCGGAAAAAGGCUUAAGCUCGGCUGCACCAGGACAUCCAUUCGAGGAAAUGCCACCCCGCCCGCGGCCGAUUCAGAAAUUCGCGACGGCAGCCUCCCAGUGCUCCGCCGAGGCGGCCGUGUAUGGGAAAUGCGUUGUGGCAGACUACAACUCGGUCCACAAGGACAAGUGCCUCGCCGAGUUUCUGAGGCUCAAAGAGUGUUUCGUUAAGGCGUCAAAGCGGGGGCGGUGACGGGGAGCUCUCGUGUCUCGCGUGUCAUACGCGCGCACAUAUUCAUUCCAUAACCUAACAGGGCGCAAUAGCAUAGCAUAGCAUUGGGAGGACCGA